ACCACAAAUAAUUCAAGAUAUCUUUAUAAUAGCUGUCACUACGUACUAUACACAAGAUGAAAACACUAUCGUUGCUUCUUCUUUUCUCCACAAUCUCUCUUUGUUUGGGCCAACCAUCGCCAGAUCCGGUUCUCGACAUUGAUGGGAACUUGGUCCGGUCCGGAACAGACUACUACAUCUUGCCGGUGUUCCGAGGAAUGGGUGGUGGAGUAACCCUAGCUUCGACGAGAAAUGAGUCGUGCCCACUUGACGUAGUUCAAGAACCCCAGGAAGUUGACAAUGGCCUGCCGUUAACAUUCACACCGGUUGACCCCAAGAAAGGCGUGAUUCGGGAAUCCACAGAUCUUAACAUUAUAUUCUCGGCUUUAUCGAUAUGUAUUCAGUCGAACGUUUGGAAUCUAGAGGAGUAUGAGGGACAACUGAUCGUGUCGGCUCGUGGGGUGUCGGGAAACCCUGGUCAGGAAACAAUAAGCAACUGGUUCAAGAUAGAGAAGUAUGAAGAUGAUUACAAGAUUGUGUUCUGCCCCACGGUUUGCGACUUUUGCAGGCCUGUUUGUGGAGAUAUUGGUGUUAUAAUUGGUGAAGAUGGAAGCAGACGUCUAGCUAUACGUGAUGUGCCAUUCAAGGUUUUCUUCAAGAAGGCAUAAGUACUACUUUUGUAUACACACAUGAAUGGUUUUACUAGCUUUAAUUAAUUAAUAUACUUGUGUUUAAAAAUUAUAUGUAAAAAUAAAUGAUUAUGUUGACUGAUGUCUUCUAAUCGUAUUAAUUAUCAUC